UAGGAAAUGAGCUGAUCCAUUCGGCAGAUCUCGUCUCAAAGUCUCGGCCGCAUUCAUGAUCUAAAUUGUCUUCUACUUCUUUUCUACCUGGUCACAUUUGCUUUCUUCAACUCUUCCCAGUAUUUCCUCCUUCCCUUGCUCCCCAUCUCUCUUUCCCUCUCUCUUCAAAGUACGGUACAUUGCGUCCAGCCCCUCGAUUCUCGAUCGUUAGUCCUUCUCUAGUUUGCAUGCAAUGCUUUAUUGAUUGAUCGCCCCGAGACCCUGAUCUUCCCCGUUUUCUUUGCGCCGGAUGUACUGACAUCCCCCCUCCCCCAAUCAUCGCCAUGGUUCUCGCCACGCCUGUGCCCGUUGGGUCUAGUAUCUUCUUUUCUCUGGCCCUUCUCACAAUUUCUAUCCUUGUUCUGCUUCUGCUCCGGCGCUUCCUCACCUUGCGCGCAACCCCGGCUUAUCUUUCCAUUCCCGUCUUUCUUGCGCUCGCGCUUCCCGCCAGCGUAGUCCUGCUGGUUCCUAUUGACCUGGCAUCAAGUUCGCGCGAUGGAUCAGGUCCCACAGCCAUCUGGCUACCUGACCGACUACUUCUCGUUUCGUGGCGUAUCGCCUACUGGUUGAUAUUCGUGCUGACAUGGGCUAUCCUUCCGCUUCUCGGAGAAUAUAUAGAUUCUGGAUAUCGUGACCCGAAGGCUCGUAUCCAGUAUUCUAUCCGGUCGAAUGCACGUUACCAACUUAUCGUGUUGUGCUGUGCGGUCGUCGGACUGAUAUACAUUUCCAUCCAAAAUGGGUUCGAGUUUACCUCGAUCAAAGCACUCGUCAUGGCUCUUGCAUACGUCUGGGGUCUUGUACUAGCCAUAUACUUAAUGGGCCAUGGACUUGUCUCGAUUCCCCGCACGCUAUUCCGCAAUGCCGAUGUCAGCGGCAGGCUACGGAGAAUUCACGCUCACGCCCCCCGAUUGCACGACCGUUUGAUGGAUGCUAUCAAUGACCUGGAGAGUCUCGAAAACCAGGUUUCUCAACUGCAGCGCCGGAAAACAGGGACUGCUCGCGAUUUUCAAGACUGGAUUGAAGAGCUGGCAGAGAUCUCCGGUCCCGCCGAAGCACGAUCUACCCUGCUGGAUCACCCGGAAGGUUCCGAAACAAUUCCAGCUGUCAUUACAGAACGCUAUUUGGCAGACUUGACCAGGCGUCUACAGCGUGCUCGUCACCAAAAGGCACGUUUCAUCGAUGAGUGGGACCGUCUUGUUCUGUCCGCUGCCGAUAUGCAGGCUAUCAUCAACUCGUCUGCAUCUAAAAAUCUCGAGUUUACACCGUCACCUUAUCGCUCCUCAUGGCUGCCGAACACGAAGUUCCUUAGCCCAUACAUGCGCUACCAGCUUUACGUGCGCGUCGUUCCCAACGUGCGGCUUGGACUAGGGGCCGUCUUCGCUGCCGCAUCCGCUUGCAUCGUUUGGUCCGAGGUGAUCAAAUCGAUGGCGCCUCGGUUAUCUGUAGUUACCCUCUCCAUUGUAUCCUAUCACCAAGAUCCUGCGCCAGUGAAUUUCGGGCGACAGAUUAUCGCCUCUGCUUGGUUGAUGUACAUGUGUUCCGCGGCCUUGGUGGGUGUGAACGACGCCAAAGUGUGGGGCAACCGUGCCCUAGUUCGCCGGAACACGUACGGGGAGAGCGCAUGUUGGUACGCCGGGCUUGUGGCUCGGCUGACUGUGCCCAUCGCCUACAAUUUUCUGACCUUCUUGCCGGUCAAUGCCCGGCAGAGCACCAUAUUUUACAAAUUUCUGGGCCGUUUAAUUGAUCUCACACCGCUGGGAAAGGGGUUUGACUACUUUUUCCCGGUUUUUAUCUUGCUGCCCAUCUGUGCCACUCUCUUCAAUUUGUAUGGCCGGGUGCAAAGCAUCUGCAGCUGGGGACUUUUGGAAGAGGAUGACGACGACUUAGAGAAUAAUCCCGGCGGCUACGGAUUGGGUGGUUGGCGUGAAGGGCGCGACCUCAUUGAACGGGAACUCAACGGUCUCGGCUCAUUGGGACUUUCGGCCCGUGGUAGUCGGUCACCCCGCCCCUCAAGUCGUGUCGAUGAGGAAGUGCCUGCAUUUAUCUCUUCGCGGACUCCUCUAGUUGAGGGCUCUCGGACGACUCGGGCACCUCGCAGCACUCUUGGUACCUCUGCCUUGGUCGAGGACGAAGAGGAGGAGAACUUUUUCCAGUCGUUCGCACAUCGGAUGAAGAACACCCUCGAAACAGCCAGCAAGCCUCAGUGGUUCCAAGGUGACGCUUUCCGCCUACCGCGAUGGAUGGGGAACGACGGCAACGAUGGCAGCAGCGGUCUCGCAAGAUGGUUUGGUGGUCGGCCUGCACCUGGCGGAGUCAGACUCUGAAGACAUCCAUCCAUUCCAUUCCAUCCUAGAAAUUCUAAUGUAAUUAUGUAAAGCUAAGAAUGUACAUAUUAUGCCUCCCCUUGGAGGAUCAUCAUGGAUGACUUGCUUCCAUACU